GAGCGGAGCGGCUCGCACAGCCGCCAGUGCCUGCGAGCUCCAGGCUGCUUGGGGAAUUCACUUUGCCGCUUUUACGCUUCUCCCUCUUCGGGAUUCUUCUGCUGGCUUUCUGGCUCCGGCCCUCUCCUUUCCUUUACACGGAGAACUUCGCGGCGGUUUCUCUUUCCCCUUGGAGGAGAGGAUUAAAAGUUCCAAGAACUGGUGCCGCCCGUGCCGCUCGGGCGCUGGGACGGUGCUUGCCGGCGGGGUUCCAGUCCCACCAUGUGCACCAACAUAGUUUACGAGUGGCUGAAAGCGCUGCAGCUCCCGCAGUACGCGGAGUCCUUCGUGGAUAACGGCUACGAUGACCUGGAGGUUUGCAAACAGAUCGGGGACCCGGACCUGGACGCCAUCGGGGUGCUGGCGCCCGCGCACCGCCGCCGCAUCCUGGAGGCCGUGCGCCGGCUGCGGGAGCAGGAUGCCGCUGCCGCCGGCCUCUACUUCACGCUGGAGCCGCAGCCGCCGCCCGUGCCGCCCGCGGUGACCGUCCCCACCGGCCGCCGGGGGGAGCCGUGUGGCGGCCCGGCCUCGGGCACUCGCGGGGACCCCCGCAGCCAGACGACCGCCCCCCGCAGCAGGGAGCUGGUGAGCUACCCCAAGCUGAAGCUGAAGAUCAUGAUCAGGGAUAAGCUCGUCCGCGACGGCAUCCACCUGAGCAAGCCCCCGUACUCCCGCAAGGUCCCCAUGGCCGGCAUCCUAGAGUACUUAAUGAAUUGGCCGAAGUCAUCACAGAACCGCUAGAUAUCAUUUUUGAGAACUCGUGGAGGACUGAUGAGGUGCCUGAAGACUGGAAAAGGGCAUAUUUAGAACCUUCUUUCAAAAAAGGGACAUGGAUGAUGACCCUGGAAAUACUCAUCAGCUUAACUUUUUGCUUGGAAAAAUUCUGGAAUAAUCAACUUAGUAUCCUGGGUAACUAACUUACAACAGCUAGAAGUGAGGCAGUGAAACAUCACAUAAAGAAGAACUGAGUUCAGUUUUGAGAUAAGGUCUUGUGCAUACUUUGGGAACUCUCCUGUCCAUUCUCCGAAUUCUUGGGGGGAAAUAAAUGAGGUUGGCUGAGG